AAAUUAAUGUUCAAUUCUCAACGUGCAUCAACAGUGAAAUAUGAAAAAAUGCCUAACGUAACCUUCAGUAGUCAAAUAUCUCAGAGCGACAGUAGUGAGUUCAUCACUAUCAAACCGCCCAAGAAAUCCGCAUCAUUCUCAAAGUUCACACCGUCAACAACAUCCUCGUCACCGCCAUCUACACCAUCAUCUCCGACAGGUGGCGCUGGUCCUUUGGUACGUUAUAACGCACGCAGUCCCUGUGAUUCAUGUGGUCAUCAUAAUAUACCCGUCAUGUCACAUCCCAUUUCACCGUUGGCCAAAUCUCAGACUAAUUUAGAAUUAAUGGAGACGAACAAUGCGCGACAGGCACUGUUGCCGAUCAACCACGAUUUGCACAGAGAAGAGGCUUCAUAUUCGUUGCAAGUAUCACGGCGACCUUCUGUGUUGUUGCAAGAAAUUCUGGGCGGUAAAAAGGAGCAUGGAGGUGGUGGAAUAUUUGCAAGGAAAAAAUCUGCACAUGCUGGUACCAUUAAUGGAACCGUUACCGGAAGUACAAUAACCAUACAGGGUGACAGUGGAGGAGCGAAAAGUUUUCAAGCCAAACAGCAGAAGGAGAAAAAUCGACGACAGGGAAAUGAUGCCAUAAGUGCGGCACUUUCAGCCACCUAUUGCAAGGUAUUGGUUCUGCUAGGUGUCUGUCUGCCAAUAACAGAGGUUAUUACCGAACAAAUACCCACCUAUGUGUAUCAGGGAUUCUAUGUUUAUCUCUAUGUGCUUAGCAUAGUGUUUGUAACAUUUUUAUAUGUCUCAGCAUUUCGGAAUCGUACCCUUAUAAAUGCCCUGAAAAAUUAUCAUGAGCGAAAUAAUGUCCACUUGAAGCAUAAGGUCACACAUUUUGGUAGCUUCUAUUUGAGAGUGGGUGCUAUAGCAUUCGCGAUCGGAACAAUGGUAUAUUCCGGUUUGGAAUUUGGGCAAUUUUUCGAAUUAAAUGGCCAACCAGGAUGUCGAGAUGUUUUUAUUGCCAUAACACCCCUUUGCCGUAUGGUCUUGUGUAUAGCCCAGGUGCAGUUUAUUUUCUUGAACACCACCUAUUUGGAUAUGGCCCGUCACAAAGUGUUCUCACGUUUCGGUUUGAUGCAUAUGGUCGCGACAAAUUUAUGUGAAUGGUUGUAUGUAUUGGUGGAAGAAACGAAACAUGAAAUAUUCCAUAUCGGACAUCAUGAGGAGGGGUCCGAUCAUGAUACUUUGAGUGGGGCACAUGGUGGGGUGGAUUGGACAGCGGUAAAUGCCACGCUGCAUCACACAAAACAUAUUGGAGAGAAUGCCAAGAAUAGUACGAUUGCAGCGGUUGUUGGGCAUGUUUUGCAGAAUGUAACAGCGACAGCAGCCACAACGACAGAGGCCGCGGCAGCAGCGGCCCAUGGCUGUUCACGAACCACUAUUAUGGGAGCUUUAGUGCAAAAAUUAAGCCCCUUCCUGUUCCCCUGUACCAUUGAAUAUUCCCUGAUCUGCGCGGUUAUCUUAUAUGAAAUGUGGAAAACCGUAAAAUCCAUACCAGAUAUUGAUAAAUCCCGGAAAAAUUCCGUUAAGCCGGUACAUCAAAAACCCGCCCACCACUUUUCGGUGGAUUGUUCACAAUCCCAUCGAGGUCUAUUUUUUGGCAUAUUGAUCAUUGUCAUGACCAUUAUUUCGAUGAUUAUGUAUUUUGUGUUGUAUAUGCAACCGGGUUAUGAAUUGAUUGCCACUCAGGAGGUAACCUUGUGGGAAACAGCUAUAUAUUUUCUGUGUGCAGCGGCCAUUAUAACGGGUAUGAUAUUAAUGCGGGACCUGAAAUAUAUUAAGGAUACCAGCGAUGAACAUCAUUCCAUGGAAUUGGAUAAUCUAUUGUUGGUCGUGGCUCAAACAGGUGCCUAUCUCUAUGGCAUGUUCAGCAUUUUGGGUAGCUAUUUCUCUGAAUGGGACACGGUGCCGGAUCGUGUUGAAGGCAUUAUUGCCGAAGUCUUUAAUAUCUUACAGACGGCCCUGCAGACAAUGUUCAUUCUUCAUGCCAGUCAUCGUCGCUGCAAAGGCUCCAAACAAAUUCGCCGUAAACCUGGCAGGGAAAUUAUCACCUUCCUCCUGGUGGCAAAUAUGGCCAUUUGGUUUGUAAACACACUCAUUAAGGGUCGUGCAGUAUUCCGACAAACUCACUUGGAAUUUUAUGGUGCCUGGGCAUGGACCAUCAUUACACAUGUUUCAAUGCCCUUGGCAAUAUUCUAUCGAUUCCAUUCGACAAUAUGUCUAUUCGAGGUAUGGAAAAUCACCUAUAAGGCCAAAGCACAUUAA